AACGCCAGCAGGCAAUGAUCGAAAGCUGAUCGCUGCAUCCUAUCCUAUCGCAGCUGCUUUAGAGUUGUUUCCUUUCUCUACCUCGCCCUUCCCCUUCCCUCUCUCCGAUUCCUCUCAUCUUUUCUUCUUCUCCACCAUCCUCUUCGUCCUCAGCGUCGUUCCCCUGUCUUCGUUACCUUGAAAACCUCCCAGAAUUUUUGGAGGCUCGGACCGAACUGGGCGGCUCUUCUUCUCUCAGAUCAUACUUGCGGCUUUUCGUCACUUUCUCUAUUGAAACCAAAUACUAACCAUGAACAGCGAAGAGAGCAUCUACAAUCUCAUCCCUCCUGCAGUCUACAUCCCUCCCAAGCAGCCUCUAUACAGGAGCAAGUUUCCGGGAGCUGUUCCAGUGAACAAGCAGCCAUCAGCUAGCAUGGGUCAGCCUCACACUGUGGUAGACACCCGACACUUCCUGAAGAGAGGGGAGGCGACAGUCCCGACCGUUCGCAACCCAGCAGCCCUGGGAGUUCAGAAAAGGGAAAUGGCCAAAGUGAAACCGCCAGUGCCGAAGAAGGACGAGAAGCCUGUGAUGGGUCUGGUCUCGCAGAAGAACUACAUCACCGCAAACGCUGUCGACAACAUCCUCGCUGUGCCCAAGAAGCCCGUGUCGAAGGAGGUGAACUACUUGCAGAAGCAGGACUACGGCCAGGUGCCCGCGUACCUGUCGCGGGUGAAGGCGCAGGUGCAGGAGGAGUAUCGGAUGAUCGAGGACAUGCAGCAGAGCAACCAGCCGCAGAACGAGGAGCAGAUCGAUGUGCUGACGGAGGAUGAGAGGGCGCGCCUGCUCGACGGGCUGAAGGCAAACUGGGCAACCAUCAACAAGGAGUAUCAGACCCUGUCCUUCACGCUUGACACGCCAGCUAAAAAGAAGAGGAAGGAGGAGUAUGAGGCGCAGCUGGAGCAGAUAGAGAACGACAUCAAGAAGCUGAGCAAGAAGUAUGUGUUCGUUCACAAUGACAGGCUCUUCUAGUGCCUGAUGUUUUCAAGAAUCUUUUUUCUUUUGCCUUCCCCUCUUUUCCUGUGUAGGAGUUAACAUAAACAUUCAGAAACCGC